AUGGCAAAGUAUACGAGGAUCACAAAGAAUUUGGAAGGCAUCAUCGGAGCAAAAGCGAGCGGUUCCGCAGAAGAGGAAAAUCUCAUAGUUCCAAUAAUUGCAAAGAAUGAUGUUGGCGAUAUUGUGAAAGCGGCCACGGAUGAGUCCAAUGUGAACAGUAUUCUGGUAUUAGACCAUGGGCUUUAUGUCUUCGGUGAAAAAUGGCAACAGGCGAAAGCAAUAUGCGAAACUUUGGAACUCCUCUUUGAACUGGAACUGACGAAAGAACCAGAAGCAAAACCAGAGCCAUCGUAUGGAUUACUACAUGGAAAGUGA